AUGGUCGCGAACGAUGCUGAUUUGUGGGUUCCUCGAGCUACAGACCGGGAGAAUGAGAAGGAUGAAAUCCCGAAUUAUGAACAUGCAGACUAUUUUACGGUUAAAGUUUAUCAUGGAGGGUGCUUGAGGCAGGGCACAUAUGUUGCUGGAAAGGUGGAUUACUUUGAUAACGUAGACAAGGACAAGAUGUCCCUUGUAGAGGUUGACAACAUGGCUAAGCAACUGAAUCCGGGAUAUGAACACCAAAGAAUCGAUUACUGGUAUAGGUGUGGGGAUGAAACUGAUGAGUUGAUGAAAUUGGAAACAGAUGCAGACGUGAUGGUUAUGUGUACAGCUAUUCCCCAUUGGCGGUUGAUCAUACUUUAUUUGGACCACAUGGAACUUAAAGGGGUGUUUGGGGAAGAGGAUGAGGAUUGCUUCAUAUUUGAAGAUUUCUUUUUCAGUCAAAAAGGUAGCUGUGGGGUGGUCAUAGAAGAAUUACCGGAUGAACCAAGGAAAAAGCCAGGUGUGGUGAUUAAGGAGAUAUCAAAUGAACCAAUACCAAGAAGAAGCAAGGGAAUUGAGAUCAGAGAGGUUGACCAAGACCAUGUACCGACUCAAGCAAGCACAGCUUGUGGUCUUAAUCCAAAGGACAAGGGAAAACAGAAGCUGUUGGAGUAUACUUCAAGUGGUAAGCAAGGCUCAACUGGAGGGAAAGUCAGAAGUGGUGGAGGGCAGUUUAGCGUCCAAAGGCAAUCUAGUGUGCAAGGGCAGUCUAGUGUGCAGGGGCUGUCUAGUGGUGUAGAGAAUGAAAGUUCAGGUCUUCAUGAUGUAAAUAUCGAUUACUUCAAUGCUAUUCAGACCAAUGAUGAUGGGGGCAGUGAGGAAGGGGUUUUUGAUGAAGAUGACAGUGAGGAAGUCAGUUCUGGUGAAGAUGGCAGUGAGGAUGAUGACUAUGACCCCCAGGCCAAUGAUGAGGAGUAUGAACAGUAUGGUGAUGAGGACAAUGAGGAUUGGAUGGAAGGAGUUGUGCAUGAAGAAGCUACACAAAGAGCACGUAAGGCUGGUGUAAAGCUUACUAGUAGUCAAAGGGAAAGUGAGCAAGAAAAUGUGACUGAGUUUGAAGAUAAUGAGGCCAUGUUUGGUUUUCAAGAUUCUGAUGAUGAGAAUUUGGGUUUUACCAUAAAUUCCGAUGGGGAGCUUGAAGAUGAAGGACUGGAAUUCAAUCCCAAAUCCGACAUGAAGAAACCAGAAUUUAAACUAAAACAGAAGUUUGCCACAGUUCAAGUAUUGAGAGAUGCAUUGAGGGAGCAUGCUAUUCAAGGUGGAUGGGAAUAUAUCUUCAUCAAGAAUGAUAAGACAAGGCUGCGGGUUGUAUGCAAGGAGGACAAUUGUCCCUUCUUUCUGUUUGCUUCCAAAAUGCAGCAUGAGAGCACUCUCAUGAUCAAGGGAUAUGAUGGUACACACAAGUGCACAAGAAAAUUUAACAAUAGCAUGGUGAAGCUUAGAUAUUUGACAGCAAAGUUUAAGGACCAGAUUGUGGUUAAUGAAAGUGUGAAGCCAGAAUCUCUUGCAAAAACAAUGUCCUCAACCAUUCGAGCAAGGGUUUCCAACUCAAUGGCAUAUAAAGCUAAAAGGCAAGCUCUGUUGGAAUAUGAGGGAAGCAUUCGAGAGCAAUAUGCAAGGCUUUGUGAUUAUGGCAGGGAGCUUCAGAGGGUUGAUCCAGCAACCUCUAUUGAUAUUAAGUGUAGUUUUCCUAAGGGUAGCAAGAGGCCAGUUUUUAAACGGAUGUAUAUUUGCUUGGGAGCUCUAAAAAAUGGCUUCAAGGCUGGAUGCAGAUCUGUCAUUGGACUAGAUGGGGCACACCUAAAGGGACCUUUUGGGGGGCAACUGUUAAUAGCUGUAGCAAUUGAUGCAAAUAACACAUCAUGGGUGGUUGCAUAUGCGAUGGUGGAGCUAGAAACCAAGGAUGCAUGGAUCUGGUUUCUGGAGUUAUUGGUGAAGGAUCUGGACAUUGAACAUGAAGGAAGGGGUUGGGUGUUUAUAAGUGAUAAACAGAAAGGUUUAAUACCUGCAUUUGAAGAGGUAGUCCCAAGGGCUCACAUUAGAUUUUGUGUGAGGCAUAUGUGGACAAAUUUCACAAAGCUCUUUCCGGGAAAGGUCAUGAAGGAUAAAAUGUGGGCUUGUGCCAAGGCAACCACCUUGCCUUAUUUUCAGAAAGAAAUGAAUGAGAUGAAAAGCCUAGAUGAUGAUGCCUACAAGUGGAUGACAGCACCCGAGAGACCAGCUAUACAUUGGUGUCGGGCUUUCUUCAACACAGAUGUGGACUGUGACAUCAUGAUUAACAACAUCUGUGAGAGUUUCAAUGCCUGGAUAUUAGAUGCUAGGGGUAAACCCCCUGUGACUAUGUUUGAAGAAUUAAGGGUGAAGCUAAUGAGACGGAUUGCAGUGAGGAAGGAAAAAAUGGAAGGAUACCAUGGGAAUAUCUGCCCCAAGCCAAGGGCUAUUAUAGAGACAAACAAGGAAAAGGCUGCUGUGGAUUGUAUUGCAACAUUCAAUGGUGGAGACAUUGCUGAGGUUGACAAUAUUGAGGGAUCAAAGAAUGUUGUGAACCUUGCAAUGAGGACAUGCACUUGCAGGAGGUGGGACUUGACUGGAAUUCCCUGCAAGCAUGCUAUUUCUGCCAUUUACAUGAAGAGGGAAGACCCGGAUGAUUAUGUGGCAGCUUGCUAUCUCAAGAAGACCUAUAUGAGUAUCUAUAGCAACCUGGUCCAGCCUGUUAAUAGCAUGGAUUUAUGGUUUAGAGGUGAGGAUCCACCUAUCUUACCCCCCCAAUAUACAAGGCAACCUGGAAGACCAAAAACAAAAAGAUUCAAGCAUGCUUCAGAAAAGGUGACAGAUGGUGGUGUUAAACUACGAAGGGUACAAAGAUCGCUGAGGUGUCGUAAUUGUGGCCAAGUUGGUCACAACAUCAAAAGUUGUCAAAGACAUUUACCCCCAAAAGAAAAGAAGACUGCAGCAUUGAAUAGGAAGAGGAAGAAUUCCAAUGAGGAGGGACAAACUUCUGAAAAUCAGUCCAAGAAAGCCAAGAAACAGUCCAUGACCAAUAAUGAAUUGAGGCAAAAAGCCAAAGAAAGGGCAGAGUACCAAAGGAAAAAAAUGGCUGCCUUAAAGGCAUCAAGGUUGGAAGCAAAUAGGUCGGCUCCAAAAGCAUCAAGGCCUCAACAAGCUGCAGCAUCUGCUAAGCAAACUUCGAGGCCUGUUCAAGCUGCAUCUGCCCCAGCAGGUUCAAGGCCAGUCCAAUCUUCGAAGGCAUCAAGGAAGCAGGAUGCAACAGCUACAAGGUCCUCUCAAAGGAUCAAGCAAUACUCAGGUAAAGGAGAUGGAAAAUAGUUGUCGAAAUGGAAUUGACAUUAGCAAGCAGAUUAUUAAUUUUUAGGCAUCCUUUUUUUGGGCAACCUUGUGCUGUGACACUUGGUUGCUAGCUCUAAUCUUUUGAUAAGAUGAUUAGAGCUAUCUUCAAUUCUAGCAGAAUUGGUACUUGAACAAUUAUUGAGGAUGUAAUGCUCAGAUUUUUCUUAUUUUGUGUAAAUUAGAUCUCUGUUUUGUGGCUUGCUAUUGCUGAAAAUACCAUGUGUUUUGAGUUUAUUAUGAAUG